ACAAUUUUUUUCCCUAUCGUCAGAGUUUUGUUUUCUUAGUAGUCGCUUAAGUUCUUUUUUUAUUGUAAAUUUGACAUUCCAAAAACUUUGAUUUGUAAACUGAAAAUAUGCAAAACAGUGAACGAAAUUGUGUUUGAUUGCAAAUUGAAAUCAAAUUUGGUGGAAAAUUGUAAAGACAAUUUUAUUAAGAGAAUAUAUAUUAUAUAUUAAACAUAUGUGCUGUAUUUCGUUCAACAUGAACUCGAUGAGAUUUUGAGCUGAAAUACUUUGUAUUUAGUGUGCGUGUAUAAUGAAUAAGACAAAAGAAAAUUGAUACAGAAACAAUAAAAUAAAACCCAAGAGUUUAAAAAAAAAGUAAGAAGCAAAAGUUAGCUUAAUGAUACGGUGAUCGUGUGAGUGAUGGGCCAACAUUUUUAAAUCAAAUUAAUCGAAAGACAAAUUUUAAUUUCAUAUGAAAUUCGAACAAAAACCAUACGCUAGUUCACAUUUGGUUGGCCGAUUUAUAUAUCUACGAUUGUUAAAUAUGUUUUGUCCAUCAAAAUUUUGAAGGAAUUUUUUUUCUAUGCAACGCUAUUCACUCCGGACAAUAUUUUCUCCAGAGUUGAAAUUAUUUUGGAAGCGACAAACACAUCAUUGUAUAUCGAACCAUAUAGCUGUUUAGUAUUUAAAAAAGGUAAAAUAAACAGCGAAAAAAAAAACAAGAGAAUUGGAAAAGCAAAAAUAAAUUGAUCGAGAUUGACAUUAUAAAUAGUGAAAAAAAGAGUGUAUAUGUGUGUGUGUGAAUUUGAAGUGAACGAAGAUAAAUAAUGUCUGGACCAGCUCCAGAAAUAAAUUUCACAUCAACAACCUCAACCACCUUACCACCAACACAAUCAAUGGCUAGUGUAACGACUGAAAAUCCACAUAACCCAUUGGUACCAGGCUUGAGCCAUGUCGGUGACGGUUAUUUUUUACAAUCAAAAACCGCCCAAGGUCUAGCUGGCAUUUGUGUAUGGGUCGCAUUGUUCCUCACAUGUCAACAGAUUUAUCAACAUUUGAGAUGGUACACAAAUCCACAAGAGCAACGUUGGAUUGUCCGGAUAUUGUUUAUUGUACCGAUUUAUGCGACAUAUUCAUGGAUCAGUCUAUUAUUUUUCAAUUCGGAUAGUGUAUACAUUUACUUUUUCACAGUUCGUGAUUGUUAUGAAGCUUUCGUGAUAUAUAACUUUUUAUCUCUCUGUUAUGAGUAUUUGGGCGGUGAGGGAAAUAUUAUGUCCGAAAUUCGUGGCAAACCAAUAAAAUCAUCAUGUCUUUAUGGGACAUGUUGCUUAGCAGGCAAAACUUAUACGAUCGGAUUCUUACGAUUUUGCAAACAAGCCACGCUGCAAUUUUGCUUGGUCAAACCAUUGGUUGCAUUUAUCAUAAUAUUCCUUCAAGCAUCUGGUCACUAUCAUGAUGGCGACUGGAGCGUGGAUGGCGGUUACAUCUACAUUACAAUGCUGUAUAAUAUUUCAGUAUCGUUAGCUUUGUAUGGCCUCUACCUAUUUUAUUUUGCUACCAGAGAUUUAUUGACGCCAUUCGAACCAGUACUUAAAUUCUGUACUGUAAAAUCGGUGAUAUUUUUAUCGUUUUGGCAAGGUGUGGGCUUAGCUAUAUUGGAAAAAGCCGGUGCCAUUUCGGCAAUUGUGGACGAAAAGGGUACAACAACCGCUUUGCCUGGUUCCGUAUCAGCUGGCUAUCAAAAUUUCUUCAUUUGCGUGGAAAUGUUAUUCGCUGCAAUCGCGUUACGUUAUGCAUUUCCAUAUCAGGUUUAUGCACAGGGUGGCAUGACUGAUGUACAUGGUCGUUCAGUCACAAUGCAAUCUAUUUCCAGUAGCCUAAAGGAAACGAUGAACCCAAAAGACAUCAUGACAGAUGCCAUUCAUAAUUUCCAUCCGCAAUAUCAACAAUACACUCAAUACAGUUCUGAAGUGACAUCGUCUCAACAGUAUGAGAAGCUUUGAAAAACUUAAAAAAGAUUUAAAAACAAAAAUUUAUAAAAAGAAAAAGCCUUACGAUUAUUCUUAAUUUUUUUCUAAAUAUGAAUAAAUAGACAUAUUAUAACUUUUUAUUUAUUUAAUUUUUUUUUUUCGAUAAAAAAAGUUGACAUCAAAAAAAUGAAACAAAAAAAAUGCUGUGAAUCAAAUCUGUGCAGUGACACUGCAAAUAGAAAAAACUGAAUAUUAGUAACAUGAAAGCUAUGUUGCAAUUUAGUACGGAAAUUCUAUUCUCUAUGAACUACCACUUUUACAAAGCUGAGUUUGAACUGGUUUUAUCUAGACAUGACUUGUCUGUAAUACACAUGAUUCAUAGUUUUUUAACUAGUGUCCCGGUUUCACCAAUCAUACCUUUGAAUCCUUUCGUCAUUCAUCGAUUUUUCGUUUUUCUGCACCCGUUCUGGAUUACCAUAUCAAAUAUUUUUUGGCCUGUCGAUGUUUUGUACAACAUUUUUGGAUCGGAAUAAUGGUGCAACAAAAACUGUUUCAUACUUCUUAGAAAUCAAUCAUGAAAAAUUCAAGGGAAAAAAAUGAGAUUGAUCGAUUUGAUAGUAUCUUCUCCCGUCAUACAAAAACACCUAAUUUAUUCGCAAUGCUUAUUUGUUCACGAGAACAUUCGAAUGUAGUGAAAGGACUAACCACUAGUAAUUGGAAAGUAUACGCUUAUUACAUAGAAUGUAGCGCCAAGUAUACGUGAACUUUAUUUUUUUAUCAUUUUGGGCAGUAAUCUCAUCGCUUCUUUAAUCCUUUCGAAAAAUAAAGGAUCGUAUAAAAUAUUUGAAUGUUAUUCAUCGAAGCAAAAAUUUCAUUUAAAAGAAUCUAGCCUCUACUAGAAUUUUCGUACCAAAUUGUUAUAAAUUAUGUUGUAUUAAAAAUAUGAUGAUUUUCUUAUUUACUGUGUACAUUAGGUAGUUAAAGUAAACAUUCUGGUUCAAUCAAUGAUAUUCUUACUUAUUAUGGCAUAUUCCACUCCAAAUGAAAAUGAGACGUUUUUUCUCUUUUUCUCUCUUGAUUUGCCGCGAAUAGUAUUCAUACAGCGAUUGAACGAGAAAAGCGAUCAGACAAACGCAAAUUGUUCAACGAUUUAUAUAUAUAUAUAUGUUUUAUGGUUAAAAAAAAUACAAAUUGAGAUAGCUUUUUUUUCAUUGUCCCUACAAUUCAUUGUAAAGAUAUUUAAAAAUGUAUGUGUAUAUUUUGUACUUAAAUUUAAAUAAUUACACAAUAUACACUCAACACAAGUAAUUCCGCUACUUUUAUUUAAAAAAUGAAUUUUUCUUCUCUUAAAAUAAGAAAAAAAAAGAGAAAAACUCUCGUUAAAUGCUUGCAUCAAAUAUUUUUAAUAAAUAUAAAAGUAUGAAAAAUCUGGAGAUGAAUUUAUGGUAAUAGAGUAAAGAAAAAAAAAGAUUGUAAAGCAGUUAUAACCGCACUUGUGAUUGUUGUUUAAAACAGAUUUUCAUCGUAAAACUGUCUGAAUAUGUUCAGAAUGUUGAUGUUGGCUUAUGCUUGAUUUUUUUUUGUCAUAAGAACAUUUGGAAGAGUUAAAUGUUCAUAGUAUAUAACAUAUCAUAGAAACGAACAGUAACUUGCAUGAAAAAUCACUUUGUGUGCCUUAAUAAAAACAAUGUUCAUUUUCAAUAAGAGUUAUUAUACGCUUCGGAAUGUUCACAUACAUCGAUCAUAUUUACGGUCGAGCAUAUUUGAUUUUAUUGAAAAUGAACAUUCAAAUGUGUAUACAAUUUAAAAUAUUAAAAUAAAAUAUAAUACACAAGUUUCAACGGAAACUUAAGAACAGACACAAUAAAACUGAGAUAUAUGUAUUGAAGUUCAAAAAAAAAAUCGAUUUGAAAGAAUGCACCGAUAAUUAAUAAAUUUUUUUUAGAUGAAAUAUAGCCAGUAUUGGGCAUUAAAUCGAUAUUAUUUGUUAAUAACUAUAGUAUAACAACUGAAACAACCCCUUAAACAAUCCAAUAUUAUUCAAUCGCCUAAUCAUCCGUUCCUUUCUUCACACCGACCAGAGAGAAAUAAAAUAAACAAGACAAAUGAUUGAUUAAAAAAAAAAAUGUUCAGAACUAAAUAAUAUAAUUAGUUGUAUUUGAUUGUGAUUUAUAAAUGGAAAUUAAUUUUUAUUUUGAGUGUUAAACAUUUUGAUCAGCAAAUAAAUUCCUUCUAAAAUGGCA